UGUGCCCGGCCGGCCCAGCCCCGCCGCGCCUCAGUCGGCGACGGACCGUUGGCGGGUCAGGAGUUACCGCCGCCGCCGUUGACGCGCCCUCCUUCCCUUCCCCCCGCCCCUCGGUCGCCUCAGCCGCCGCCGCUUCACCCCUUCCGAACCUCGACGCCGCCGCCCCGCCAUGGAGUAAAAGGCUCCCGGCAGGCCGGCCGGCCGGGGCGGCCCAGCCGCGCCCUGAUGGCUCUGGUGACGGUGCAGCGGUCGCCUACCCCGAGCGCCACCUCCAGCCCCUGCGCCUCGGAGGCGGACAGCGGGGAGGACGACUGCCGGUUCCAGCCCAGGAGCAUCAGCGAAAGCUUUCUCACGGUAAAAGGCGCUGCCCUCUUCCUGCCACGUGGAAAUGGGUCAUCGACCCCCAGGAUCAGCCACCGGCGCAACAAGCAUGCAGGUGAUCUCCAGCAGCACCUGCAAGCCAUGUUCAUGCUGCUCCGUCCAGAAGACAAUAUCAGGCUGGCGGUAAGACUGGAAAGCACGUACCAGAACCGGACACGGUACCUGGUUGUGGUCUCCACGAACGGGCGGCAAGACACGGAGGAAAGCAUUGUCCUGGGCAUGGACUUCUCUUGUAACGACAGUAGUGUUUGUACAAUGGGGCUGGUCCUGCCACUCUGGAGCGAUGCCCUCAUCCAUCUGGACGGCGAUGGGGGCUUCAGCGUCUCGACAGAUAACCGACUGCACAUCUUCAAGCCGGUGUCUGUGCAAGCCAUGUGGUCUGCCCUACAGAGCCUUCACAAGGCCUGCGAAGUGGCUCGGAUCAACAACUACUACCCGGGGAGCCUCUUCCUCACUUGGGUCAGUUACUACGAGAGCCGCAUCAACUCGGACCAGUCCUCGGUCAACGAAUGGAAUGCCAUGCAAGAUGUCCAGUCCCACCGGCCAGAUUCCCCUGCCCUCUUCACUGAUGUCCCAACAGAACGUGAACGCACAGAGAGGUUAAUAAAGACCAAACUGAGGGAGAUCAUGAUGCAGAAAGACCUGGAGAACAUCACGUCCAAGGAGAUCCGAACAGAGCUGGAGAUGCAGAUGGCGUGCAACCUGCGGGAGUUCAAGGAGUUCAUCGAUAAUGAGAUGAUCGUCAUCCUCGGCCAGAUGGACAGCCCCACGCAGAUCUUCGAUCACGUCUUUCUGGGUUCAGAGUGGAAUGCCUCCAAUCUGGAAGAUCUGCAGAAUCGAGGGGUGCGGUACAUUUUGAACGUCACCCGAGAGAUUGAUAACUUCUUCCCUGGAGUUUUCGAGUACCACAACAUCCGUGUUUACGAUGAAGAGGCAACAGAUCUGUUGGCUUACUGGAAUGACACCUACAAAUUCAUCUCCAAAGCAAAGCAAAAUGGAUCCAAGUGCCUGGUUCACUGCAAGAUGGGGGUCAGCCGGUCAGCCUCCACAGUGAUUGCGUAUGCCAUGAAGGAGUACGGCUGGAACCUCAACCGGGCCUACGACUACGUGAAGGACCGCCGCACGGUCACCAAGCCCAACCCCAGCUUCAUGCGGCAGCUAGAGGAGUAUCAGGGCAUCCUCCUGGCCAGUAAGCAGCGGCAUAACAAGCUGUGGCGAUCGCACUCUGACAGCGACCUCUCGGACCACCACGAGCCCAUGGGCAAGUCCGGGAUGGAGGUCAGCAAGAAGGAAAUAACCACCUCGGCAGACCAGAUCUCGGAGAACAAGACCUCUAGCUGCAGCCACCACCCACCAAUGUCUCCGGGGCUGCCUGCCAGUCAGCCCAUGGAACACUUGUGCCAUCUGGGUGCUGAUGCUGUUGGGAACUUAGGCCACAAGGAGAGGGUAGUCCAACUUGAGAUUACCCCAAGAGACUUCGGCACCGAGCAAAUGGAGGACACGUUGAACUUGAACAACAUCAACGGGUGUUCCUCCGGCUGUUGUUUAGAUGCCUCGAAAUUUCCUCUGGACAACUGCAACACGUCGGAUGCCUUACUGCAGCAGGGAGAAGCCUUGGAGGUGGCUGCGGCAUUUCCGGAUUUGACGGUGGAUGAUUUAGAGAAUGAUGCCCUCAAGCAAGGAGAUGGGAAUAUCCACUUGAUGCCGAUGGAAGAGCUGGAAUCUUGUUUGGAAAACGUUUUGAACCACAGCUCACACAGCCCGCCACCUGUAACGUCCCUGCCUGAGCAGGCAGACUUUGGUACGGACAGGAUCGACUUCUUCAGCGCCUUGGAGAAGUUUGUGGAACUCUCUCAGGACACCAGGACACGGACUUGUGCCCAUUCCAGGACGGAGGAUCAGGGAGGUGGGAGAAAUGGUCUCUCCAAAGUGUCGGCACUGGAACUGCUGCCUUCUGACCCUGCAGAAGACUCUCAGGGAAACAGCUCUGUAGGCAACUCCCCGCAGGCGUCGGAGGGAUCCUCGGUGGAGGAGGAGCGGCUGAAGCUCUCUGAACCAAACCAUUCAAGUGGCCUGACGCGGUCUCACUCUGAAAACGCCAUCUCCGUUAAGGAUAUUGUCACAGAGAUUGAAUCGAUCCACCAGGGAGCAGGGCAGGGACAGGUAAAGAUGGAUGCCUUGAACAAUCCAGUUCUGGUGUCAAAGAGGAACACCAUCCACGAGCUCCCCGCCGAGUUGGCCUGGGAAAGCAAGCCCGGGAAAGCCGAGCAGGGCGAAGGGGGUAGCUCUGUCCCGAAGGAGGCAGCCGGUGAGCCUUUGAAACUGGAUCGAGAAGCUGCCUUGGCUCAGCAGGCACCUUCCUGUAAGCUGGACAUGGAAGAAGGUGGAGAUUUGGCAGAAGACCCCUCGGAAGACCAUCUGAACCCUGGGCCAAAAUGGUGCCCGGGAUCUGUACGCCGCGCCACCUUGGAGUUUGAGGAGCGCCUGCGGCAAGAGCAGGAGCUGCAGCACCCUCUUCCUGUUGUCCUGUUACCCAUCCGAAAGAACUCCAAGAUGGACUCCUCAGGAGCUGACCUCUCUGCGAAGGGCAAGUGUGAAGAACCGUCUCAUGAGCUGACCCAGCUCUCCAGGGAUAAGGAGGCUUCGAUAGUUGGGAACGCAGAGACUGGGGCCAGUACGGAACAGCCCUCUGAACCACCACCGCCAUCAUUGUCACCACCAGCUCCCCCGCAAGACGGCCUUUUGGCAGAGCUGGCAGGGUUAGCCAAAGAGCAGCAAAUGGUGCUUGUGUUGGACAGUCACGACCAGCUCCCUACCCCUUGCCUCCUCCCAAAAAGGAUUGAGAUAAUAGAGUACACCCAUGCAGUCAGGUUGCCCAGCCUCGUUGGAACGGACGAGGCAGUGGCAGAAAGGAGUCUCGCACAAGAGGCGCUGGAGAAAACCAAGAUGGCGGCUGCCUCUUUGGCAGUCGAUGAAAACUGCAACGCUGCUAUGUGUUCUGAGAACUCCGUGGGAACAUUGCCCUCGCUAAGGCCUUCAGGGCUGGAGAGCAAAGACUCUAAGAAGGCAGUCUUUUCUUUGGGCGGCCCUGAGGAGGAUGCCCUUGAGAGUUCGACCAGCGCAGUCACCUCUCCUUCUGCGAGCCGGGUGAGAUGUCCGCCUUGGUCACCCUUGGAUCACCAGCAGCUUGUUUGCCUGGAGGGGGUCACUCAGGACAGUACAAGUACUGACCCUGAGCUGGCCCCUCUAGAGGGUUAUGCUGGAAACAGACAGUUUGCCUUUGAGGAGAGGGGAGGUGCCCUGCGCAGGAGGAGUGAGGGCGCCUUGUCACACUGGAGCCAAGAGGACUUUGAGCUACUCCAUAAUAAGCCAGGUGUGAACACAGCCAGGCCACCAGGGACUGCCGUCGCCUCUUCCCUUUGCUGCACCCGUCCACACAGCUCCAGCAGUGACAUCAUCAGAGACUUGGACAGGGACACCAGUUUGGUGAAGCGGCGUGCAAAGUUGCUGGAGACACAGAUCCGGCAAGCGGGCCUCACCACCCCUUCCCAGAUGAAGCGUUCAGCAUCACUGGCCAAGCUGGAUCGCCUGGACUUGUCGAAGGACGACUUACCCGACCCGGGGAGUCUGCAUCCGCUUCGGGCCACCCUCAGCCGGAGGGAAACCAGCUCACAGGGCGGCCCAGCUUUGCCGACGCCCGAUCCAGCCGCCCCCUCACUUGUCCUCCCGACUCCUCAGCCCACGGUGCAUUUAGUGGAGCAGCUUAAGAUGACAGAGUGCAUUGCUCUGAGCAGGCCAGUGGAGAGGCCUCUGGCGCAGUAUGCCAAAGAGUUCAACCUGGCCCGGCAGCUUCCGGAUGCAAAAUUGACUAGUGCCCAAGCAGUCGUGCCGCCAGGGUGGGCGACACCCCAUUGGCUGGCUGUACUCCCCCGGUACCAACACGAUAGAACUCGACCGCCCAGAAGACUGAAAAAGGCAAAUGACAGGAAACGAACAACCAAUCCAUUGUACAAUACCAUGUGAUCUUCAGCCCCUUUCUUCUCCCAUUUCCUCCCCCCCCCCACAACUUGACUUAUUUUGCAACACCCUUGUGUUCUUCAAAUGGGGCAGAUGUAAUAUAUAUUGAAACAUGCACUUUAUUGGUUUAAUUUUUAUAUGUUUGUUUAUUUUUACUGUUCCUGUGGCAUGUGGGUUUUGAGGUGGCUGUUUUUCAUAGUUUCCCACCCCCCUGUGCGAGUGACUGCAAGAUCGUGUUUUUUUUUCUUAAUAAAAAACAAUAUUUUAAACUCUUAAUAAACCUCAACCUUUUUUUGCUUUGUCUUAAAAGAACACCCCUCCUUUAGACAAAAAAGAAAGGAAGAGAGGUGGGGGAAAUCUGGCUUGCUCUUUUUCACUUGGUCAGAGUCGUUUUCCUUCCUUGAGAGUUUGGAAGGGCUCUAGGGUUGGAUAUGCAUGUUCCAAGGUGAAGCUGAGGGCUCCCAGCAUUUGAACUGGACCAGUGGCAAAGCCAGCAUCAAGGCACUCCCCAGUCUGCGCUCACUGAAAUCUGUCCGUCUUUUCACUUAAAAACAAACAAACUCACCUUCACAUGCUGACAGGUGAGUGAACCGGAUGGCAAACAGAUAGCGAGCAGGCUGGUCCUGUUUCAUCUGCUCCUGAGAAGGGCUGCAGAGCCCUCACAGUGCCUGUCAGCACGAUUGGUGAGGAGAGAUGCACACUGAAAACGUCGUGCCAAAUUUUCCAUGUUCCUGUUGAAUACUGUAAUAUGUAAUAUGAACAUUCUGGAAGGUGCACCUUUUCUUUGGUUGGGGACACCCAAAACCGUUUUGACCACAGCAAUGGUUUGAAAAGAGAUACUUUUUUAAAAAAGAAAAGAAAAAGGCAAUUUUGACAGAUCAGGAUGCAAAAGGCGGAAAGGAAUAUAGGAGGAACCUUAGAAGGAAAGGGUGUUCUCUUAAAACAAACUUCCUCUCUUUUUUUAAGGGUUUAAACCCUUUCAUUACUUGAAUAAAGCUGUGGGCCUUUUCAACAAUAUGGCCAUAUCAUUUAUAUAUAUAUAUAUGCACACACACCCCUUUGUGUUCUCUGUCAUUCCCUGACACUUCUUGGAGAGAUGUUUUUUGCCUUCCCACCUCCCCUGUCCUGUGCACUCCUGUCCCCCCCUCUUCCGCCCCCCUCAAGAUGGGAAAAAAUAUUUGCGUCUCGUACAUUGUACAUAACAACGCUUAUGUAAGUAACUCAUUGUUGGGGUGAGGCUCUCUGUCGGCUUUUCAUUUGUUUCUAGAGGAAAAGAGGGGACACUUUGGCAUCUCUUCUGUAAGCUGUGAGAUUCACCUUUUUUAAAAAAAUGCAGCUCUCUGUGGUGACUAGUGCAAAUCUGCAAAUGUGUCCUGGAGCGGCUUUAACUCCCUUUUCCUCCUCCCCAACACUUGUCUCUCUUCAAUUUCUUUUUUUUUUUUUUUUAAAGGGUGAUUCUUUUUGCCACCUCGUGCCAAAUGUAUACAUGUUUUCUCCUAAAAAAAUCCCAAACCUUCUCUUUGCACAACCCUUGUUUCCACUGUAUUGUCUACACUGCGCAACUCUCCAGUGCAUUAGGAAGGACCUCUUUAGCUGUUGGCACCGUGCAUGCUAACGCGCUCUCCUGCUGGGCACACUUGUGUGCUAUUUUAUUUUUCUGGAGAUCAGGGUUUGUUUGUUUCUUUUUAAGGUUCUCAGUAACACUCCCCAGCUGAGCUGUGUUUGUGGCACACUGAGACCUUCGCCGUCAAACUGCAGUCCAAAGAACCAUACCUACAUUUCCAUGUUUUGAUAAAGAGCCAGUCACUUGCAUGUGUGUGUGUGUGUGUGUGUUGUUUUUUUACAUCACCUGUUUUCUGAUGCACCAGAAAUCUUUUUUUAAAAAAUCCUCCUUCCUACUGAGAAAAGCAUAGGCUACUUUUAUGCCCCUUCUGUUAAGAUACAGCAGCCUUGUCCAUCCUGGGGCCCUGCCAGCUGUCCUGGACUACAGCUCCCAUCAGCCCCAUGCUGAUGUGAGAGGCCCCAGAAUGGGCAAGGCUGCAAUACAGUAUUGCAUCAUGAAGACUGACUGUGCGUGUGUGAGGAGCUCUCUGCAAGCCUGCCACAGGGAAGGGAGAAAGGAGUUUCCCAAAACUGGCCUGGUGGGGCUUACCACAAAUCUAGGGUCCCUUUCAAAUUGGAAGGCAGAUGCUGACGGCAUUGUACGUGUGGGUGCACCGUAUUGAAGUUUUCCUUGUUUUUUUUUAGCAAAAAGAUGCUUUUCAAAUGUCACAAAAUUCCAGACAGAUUUUGGAUUUUCUUUAUUCCUUUCUGGGGUGUAGGGGAGAUUGUCUGUUCCUUCCCUCACAGACUUCUUCAUCCACCGUCUCCAUCUUGGGUCUUUUUGCCACCACCUUCCCCCUGUAGAUGCAUAUUGGUCUCUGUGACAAUUUGCAGAAGCACUGCCCCCUCCCGCAAAAUAAAAAAUCCCCAGAUACACAACUAUCUCAGUUCUGCAUCCUGCACACAAAAAACCACCCUUAAACGAGAAGCAUCUUCUUUUAGGGUGUUGGAUAGUCCAUCGAGGGGCUUCCCUGGAGAGGUAGAAGCCUACUCAGAACUUUUUCCCAUUUCUCCCCCCCACCUCAAAAGUCUAUUUCCCAUAUGCCUCAGCCAGCUGUUCUUCCCAAGAGACCAAAUAUGUUGUGCAAAGAAAUACUGUCACCCCCCCCAAAAAAAAACCCUUAUGUGAUGGGCAGUUCCAGGGUGCCCUGACAAAUAGGGGCCAGAAUAACCCUCCUGUGGUACCACCAACAUCUCACACUUAUCCACUGGAACUAGUUCCUGACUGGAUUUUUUUUGUUGUUACAAUUUUUGUUCCUGGCUAUCGCUCUUGCUCUGCGUGCCCCUCGUUGGAUCAGCAAUGUCUGGGUCCUGGGUUGGCCCUUGAGAAGCGACCUGCUUUUCAGUCAAACGAGCCAAGCUUCAGAACUGGACAGCUGGCAUGAAAACGGGGGACACCCCCGCUCCCCACCACCACCUUUCCGUUUGGUUUGAAGACUUUUUCAGGGCGCUUUCAUAGAGAGUUGAAACUGGAUUUCUGCCGUCAUUAAGGGAGUCUAGAAGUGAAGGCGCCGUCGCCACAGUUUCAACCUGGUGUCCUCCAGGUCUUUCGGCUGUGCCGGCUGGCACUGAAGGGAAUUGGGAGUGCAAAUCAUCUGUAGGGACGUCUAGCUGUUCACCAGGCUUCUUGUGAGCAUGGCGCAAACGAUGCAUUAUUCAUUGCAUUCAUUGGGUUUUUUUGUUCCUUUUUUAUUUUGUUUUACAUUUCUGUCUAAAACUUUUUUGGAGGGUGGGAGGGGCGAUCCAGUGGCUUGUGGGUCCCUUUCCCCAUUCAGGGUUACAUCUUGUGAACUUGACAUGCUUUGCAUGCUUCAUGUGGAUGUCUUGCCCUGAUCUGUUGCCAUCCUGAAUUUAAGAAUUCUUCAAGAAAUUAUGGUGUGUUUUACUUUAUUUUUAUUUCUGCAAAUUGUCUUGAUAGCUUCUCUGCCAGGAGCCUAGCAGGGGCGGGAAACUCCUAUUAAACAUUUUACCAUCCGUCGCUUGAGAAACCAGGGUUGCCAUCGGGGCCUCUUCUGGAAGCCAAAUCUGUGCCUUUUAUCUCAUCUCUGCCAGCAAUUUUUGUUGUGGGGGUGAGGUGGGAACAGUAUUAACCACUUCUGUCCCCCUCUUGAAUUAAACCCUCAGCUUCCAUUAACUGUUUAGAGCCACAGGCUGGUGUUCAACGUUGCACUCAGUGACUGAUCAGAAACUGACGCAGAAUCCUUUGUGGGCAAUUUCUUUUUCCAAAAGCCUCAAAACCCAAAACUGGAUUGCUUAAAAGUAUUGUGACUGUUGGCAAAGGUUUUUUUAAAAAUUUAUCUCUUAUGUAUAUCUAUUUAUGAAAACUAUAAUGCUGGUUCAAAGCAUCACUGGUUUUUUAAAAGGGCAUUGUCUUUUCUUCCCCAUGUACAGAGUUACUGUUAUGCAGAACUCCUUUUUGCACUGUGGAUGUCAAAAGCAUACAACCAUCUCGGCAACAAGUAACCUUCUCCCUCUCCCACCCCCAAUUUCAAACCUCUGGAAAUUCCUAGCUGUACUGUAAGUUUAUGUUGAGCCUUGCACAAAGAGGUGUAUGUGUGUGUGUGUUGGGUCCUUGCCAACUGUAUGUACACAAAGCAGUGAUAUAUAAUUUCUAUAUCAUGCAUUCAACAAAAUCUCUCUUGGUAUCAAAAGGCUGUCAGUUCACUUUCCCUGUAAAAUCAUUCUCUCACCACCACCACCCAAAAACAGCACAAAGUAGCAAGCUGGCUAGUCCAUUCGCUUUUAUUUUUAAAUCGGGAGGAUGGAGUUCUGUGCCCCUUGAUGCCUCUCCCCGUAAGACUCUUCCUGGGGGCUCUUUUUUCUUUAUAUAAAGAACAACUCAGCCAUGGGUGAUUCUCCCCACUAUGCGGCACUCCUGUUUAAUACCAUCUUGACCCGCUUGGCCAGAGCCAAAAGGGAAGAAUGCAAAAACGGUGGGAAACCGCCCUGUAUUAACUCCCCGAGCUACGUCUUAGGGUCCUACCUCUGGCCUGAUGCUAGUUUUUUUUUCCCUAGCAACCUUCAAACCCGUAAAGAAAGGAGUGACCAAACAGGGAAGGCCCACCUGCAGCUGUCUUGUGUUCCUAGCCCAGGUCAAGCUGCCCUUCCAGAGGCUGUUGUAAUGGGCUUGGGGGUGGGAGGAACCGGGGGUCAUGUCUGGCUACCUGCCUACUGGAAAGACCCCGUUUUGGGUUCCGGAUGUCUAUUUGGCACGGAUUGCAAGUCUUUUGGGGAGGUGUCUCCGGGGGUAUUUUGUCCAUUUUGGUACCCAAGUUUGGCAGGCGUAUUGUGGCCAGCUGUCUCAAUCUGUGUCUGUCUCUAAACAGCACUCUCCCUGAGGGGUUGGGGUUUGUGUGUCUCUUUGGCAAAUCUGGAGCCCCCCCAGUGACAGCUUGGGGAGCUGCAAGUCUUGAAUGCUUUCUUUUUGUCACUCACCCAAAUAGUGGCUUGUACCAUAGACUUUUGCCCGACAUGAUGUUUGGCUGUUUUUAAAUGUGAACUCUCGCAUUCAGGUGCGGAUUCAAUGUUCUUGUUACCGAAUAAAUUUUUAUUUUGAGAA